AUGGAUGACCCAGCACGAACUCAGGAUGUUUUGGGUCAGCUUCCUUUGUUGAAAGCAUACAACCACAUCAUGGUGGGAUUCACACUGCAAGAAGACAUCGAUCGCGACAAGAUAGUUCAGGCACUAGAGUCGGCGACUAUCAAGCUCACUACUGCCAUUCCCUGGUUGGGAGGUAAAGUCGUCAAUGUCGGCAGUGGACCAGACAGCAGCGGUCUCUUCCAGAGCGUUCCUUGCCCCGAGUUUUCGCCUCCAAAUUCCAUUCUGCGUGUGAAAGACUGCACAGAUCUUUUAGCCCCUUACCCCGAGAUUGUGGCCGCACGAGGGCCAACUACGAUGCUGAACGGAGAUGUGAUUGGACCAAAGAAUGCCUUCCCACUCAGCUACCAAGAGUCCGAAACAGACCCUGCGCCGGCCGUGUUGAUUCAGGCCAAUUUUCUGAAAGGGGGCUUAAUACUGGAUGUCGCGGCUCAGCACAACCUCUCGGAUGGCGGUGGCAUUCUAGCGAUGCUGAACUUGAUUGCAACAGCUCUAAGAGGACAAGAGCUACCGGAGAGCGCCAUCAAAGCUGCCAACUUGGACCGCAGAACAAUCAUCCCACUGCUAGGACCUGAUGAACCGCUACUCGAUCACAGCCAUUUGAUCCGACCUCCACCCCCGGCAGUGCGCCCUCCUUCCCCUUCACCGUUGACUUGGUGCUUCUUCCGCUUCUCUGCUUCAAAUCUAAGCGCUAUCAAGGCCGAAGCCAGCGAUCCAACAAACUUGACAGUACCGUUCAUCUCACGGGACGAUGCGCUGUGUGCGUUCCUUUGGAAACGUAUCACGUCUGUUCGCCUUCGUCGGCGCCAAACGCCCGAUGAUUUGUCCAAGUUUACUCGAGCAGUUGAUAUCCGCAAAAUCAUGGGAAUUCCAUUCGACUACAUGGGCGUAUCAGUGAGCAACGCCAGCACUUGGCUUUCAUUUCAACAAGUGACAACCCUACCACUGGCUGCAGUAGCCUCGGAAUUGCGCAAAACACUCAACGAGAUCGACGUCGAUUUCGUCCGCAGCUUUACUACCUUUGUUUCACGACACAAGAACAAGAGCAAUAUCGCGUAUGCAGGCAAGUUCAACCCUGAGACAGACAUGGGAACAUCCUCCAUGGCCUCUGUUCCGCUAUACCACGCAGACUUUGGGCUUUUGGGAAAGCCAACCUUGGCUCGCAGACCUACGUUUACGCCCAUCCCAAGCACUAUAUAUGUGAUGCCCCAGACAGUAGAGGGCGAUGUUGAUGCACUUGUCUGCCUUGGAGAGUCAGACAUUGCAGCGUUACGAGGCGACCCAGAGUGGACAUCUCGUGUUGAAUAUGUCGGCUAA